AUGGCCGCGGGCGUCGAUCGGAGUGUCGUAGUCAGACGCGGUCACAGGCAUACUUCUAAAGUUAAACGGGACUUAUGGAGAAUAUGUAAGCAAAUUCGAGAGGUAGUCAAUUACAUCAAAUUUAAUUUUUGGGAAUAUUAUUCAAUUUACGAUAUAAAAAACACUGGAUUUGUAACCGUUUACAAAUUCAAAAAUACAUUAUCUGGACCAUUAAAAUCUAUUACUAAUUUAAAGGAUGAGGAAAUACAAUUUCUAGUCAGCUAUUUUGAAAACUCCAAUGGACAAGUACCGUAUGGACAAUUUUGCGAAAUUAUACAUGAAUCAAAGAAACCAAAAAAUUUAAAUGAAUUGAACUGGGUGAAAAAAAAUGACCCAGAAUCAUUUUUUACUAAUGUAAUUAUAGAAGACAAAAUUAAAGAAAAUGUUAUAAGAUCAUAUUGUAAUCAAGAUGUAUAUCAUCCACUAAUAGAAAAUAAAACACAUAAAAAGGAUAAUGUAUUAACAAUAUUGAGAAACCUUCAAAAAUCUAUUUAUGAAAAUCGAAUUGAUGUUGGACAAUUUUUUCAAACAUUUGAUCCUGAUUCAAAAGGACAUGUAACUGAAACACAAUUCCGCAGGUGUUUAGACAUGAUAGGUGUUAGUUCAUUAGGUAAAAUAUACUAUCCAGAGAAAGAAUUAUCUACAUUGUUGCUUAUGUAUCAAGAUAAAGAAUGUCCUGAAAGAAUCAACUGGAAACAAUUUGAAGAUGAAAUAGAUACUGGUAAAAACAAAAACAAGAUAGUUAACGAUGAUGACGAUUAUGAUAUAUCUCUAAAACCAAUCAAGAAAAUAAGAAAAAUAACAUUAAAUACAUUAAUUAUCAAAAUAAAAACAAUGGUAAAACGAGGAAGAGUUCAUCUUUAUCAGUUUUUCAAUCAAUUUGAUUUUUCAAAUCAUAAAGUCAUGUCAAAAGAUAAUUUUCAACGUGGAUUAGAUAUGGCAGGCAUUAAACUCGAUUCAAAAGAACUUACAAUUUUAAUAAAUGAAUUUGAAUCGAAAACACACCCAGGUCAAGUGGAUUAUCAUCGUUUUUGUAACAUAAUUGAGGAGGCAUUCGUUACAUUAGGUUUAGAUAAAAAUACGUACUUGGAUCCUUAUGAAUAUUUAACUUCAUAUGAAGGUUUAAGUAAUUAUUUAACUGACGAACAAAGCAGUGCUGUCGAUUCUGCUUUGAAAAAAUUGCGUAGCAAACCAAAUAUCGGCUUAGAUGACUUGUUCAAGAAUUACGAUAAUAAUAGUCAAGGAAUUGUGUCGAAUGAAGAAUUUUUAUGUGCUCUGGCUGUUCGCAAAUUGAACAUGUUGUUGUCGGUUUAUGAAGUAAAAUGUUUGGAAAAAGCGUUUAGCAGAGAUGAUCGUCCAAAUUAUUUUAACUAUCGAGAUUUUAUGAAGACUAUGAUGGAUAGUUAAAUGUGUUAUUUAAAUAUCAAUUGAUGCUGCAGUAUACAUUUAUUGUGCCCAUUUCUUAUAUAUACAGGGUGAUUAUUU